CAAGUUAUACCUAACCUUGUUUAAAAUCGGUGAUCACGAUCAAGUGCCGUAUUAAAAAUAUGGACCCAAUAAAUUUGGAAACAAAGAAUAAUUUUUUAAAAUUUAUCGAAGAUAAUAUGUUAUAUGAAAUUUUAAUAGUAUCAUGGCUUCAAUUUCUCCAUAAAUUUUACUUAAACCAUCGCCAGAGAGCUUUGAUAAUGCGUUUAGUCGAAUUACCUAAAUCUGUUGAAUGUGUAAUGACAAAAGAAGUUUAUGACAAAGCACGCAAAUAUGAUUUAGACAAAUUAAACUUCAGUAAUUUUGGGAAUAUAUAUUCUAAACUUUGUUCUACGGUCUUCCUGCUAGGUUUAUACUACCAUCAUUUUUGGUUGUGGAGUAUUAAUUUAGCCCAAUAUUUUGGCUUUGAUGAUACAAAUGAAAUUCUAUUGAGUGGUAUUUUUAUGUUCAUUAUAAAUAUUAUUUAUGAAGUGAUCUAUUUCCCAUUAAAAGUUUAUUCUACCUUUGUUGUGGAAGAAAAUUAUGGGUUUAAUAAACAGACACCAUUGCUUUUUAUCAAAGAUCAAAUUCUUAAAUUGAUUGUAUGUGAAGUACUUACUGUACCAUUUCUUUGUGCUGUAACAUGGAUCAUAAAGAAUGGAGGAGAUUACUUUUCAAUCUGUCUUUGGAUCUUCAUAAUUGCUGCUUCUCUUUUCUUGAUGGUUAUUUACCCUGAAGUGAUAGCACCUCUCUUUAAUAAAUAUACACCUCUCCCAGAUGGAGAGUUGAAAACAAAAAUUGAGGCAUUAGCAGCAUCUAUCAAUUUUCCUCUUUAUAAACUAUUUAUUGUUGACAACUCAAAGAGAUCUUCACACAGUAAUGCAUAUAUGUAUGGAUUCCAUAAAUAUAAGAGAAUUGUUUUAUUUGACACUCUGGUGAAGGAGUAUUAUAAACCAGCAGAAGGUGAAACAGAACUACAAGGAUGUGAAACAGAUGAAAUAGUAGCAGUAUUAGCUCAUGAACUAGGACACUGGAAAUAUAAUCAUGUAUUAAAGGGAUUUAUCAUUGGCCAGCUGUGCUUAUUAAUAAAUAUUUUUCUAUAUGGAAAACUCAUGAAUUAUAAACCUAUGUUCUAUGCUUUUGGGUUUGUAGACACCCAACCUACAAUUGUAGGGUUUAUUAUUGUCACCGUAUAUAUGUUAAUGCCUUUAAAUGUGUUUAUAAAAUUUAUAAACAUAUUACUAAGAAAAUUUGAAUUUGAAGCAGACAAAUUUGCAAAAAGUUUGGGACAUGGGCAGGCAUUAAAAAGUUCUUUAAUUAAAUUACAAACUGAUAAUCUUAAUUAUCCUCUAUAUGACAAAUUGUAUUCCCGUUGGCAUCAUAGCCAUCCUCCACUUCUUGAAAGACUGGAAGCUAUUGAUAAAGAAGAUUAA